UUACUUGUAGAUCAACUUUCAAAAUGUAGGAAGUCAGAAUGGGUGACAUCAUCAGAAAAAUAUGUGGAGCUGAUCGCCACAAGAAGUGAAGAACCCAGGGCACGAAAGCGGUUGUGACUCCUGGGCCCAGGGAGUUGGCAGCGUCUGGGCUUCAGAGGAGCCAGCGCCUCCGAGUGGUCUUGAAGUGAGGCUCUGCUGUACUCCUGUUCUUGUGGCUCUGAGAUCUGAAUGUUGUGACCACUAAUUUGGUUCUGCAGAGGAGUCCCCAGCAUCACCUAAGAUGGAGGCUGAGCAUAUGGGCUGAAGUCUGUGCGGCAUCCUGUCCGGAUGUGACAAUACACUCACAAGCCACUGCUACCCCAGGACUGGCCUCAGCCCCCAGCUUCCAACUGUGCCUUAGUUAUUAGAGGGACUCAUCUCAAGAGACCGUGAUGAGAGGAACAGCGGUGCGCAUUUCUCGGGCCUGGCUGAGUUGGCAACCAGGAUCGUAUGCUAGAAAGUUGAACCAAGACUCUGAGGCUGAUAUGCAAUGUCACUUACAACAUUAAUCAGAUACUGCAUUUAAGGUAAGAGGCAAGGUGGAUUCUAUUUUUAACUCUUAUGCACUCCAUCAUGUGCAAGCAACUUGGGUUCUCAAAUUUGUAUUUUCAAUGCUGGUAUCAGUGGUUUGAUUUUCAGCAAAUGUGACAGUGGCCUUUGCAGUGGUCAGCUCCGAGCUUUGAACUCUCAGAGGAGGAAGGGGAAAAAAAUUCAACACACCACCUCCUUGGUUGCAGUCUCAGAGAAACCUUGGAUGAGAAACUUCUUUUUUCAAUCCUGUUUUCCUGUUGAUAAAUUCAGUUCUGUGAUCACAGUUCAUUCAAGCUGUUCUGCGUAUGAUUUUUGUGUGUAUGUGACAAUUGCAUCUAAAACUUGUGAGCAAGAAGACAGAGAAAUCAGUUGGUCUCCAUCGCUUUACAUAAAAAUGGCUGAGUGUCUUGUCAUGCUAGCACUGCAUUAAGUGAUGCACACAGAUCUUGAUGUGGAAGAAAUGGAGGACUCAGAACCAAGGAUUUCCAAGUGAUUUCUUCCAAAGCACAGGAAUCUAACUCUGUUAAAGCUGGUCCGUUCUAACUGAGGUGUUCUAUGAAUGCUGUACAGCAAUCCACUACAAGUAUGACUGUGCUAGAGAGAAUGGAGAAUUCAGCUGCCACAAAAAUCUGGUCUCUUCGCUCUCAUACUCUGUUGAGGAAAGAAGAUAUGCAGAAAUAACCAUCUGAUAAAUGCAAAAAGAAGAUAUUUUGAUGACAGUCAUGUCCCUUUCCAGGGACCUCAAGGACGACUUUCACAGUGACACGGUGCUCUCCAUCUUAAAUGAGCAGCGCAUUCGGGGCAUUUUAUGCGAUGUCACUAUCAUUGUGGAAGAUACCAAAUUUAAAGCCCACAGCAAUGUUCUGGCAGCUUCAAGCCUGUAUUUUAAAAAUAUCUUUUGGAGCCAUACAAUCUGUAUUUCCAGCCACGUCCUGGAGCUGGACGAUCUCAAAGCUGAAGUGUUUACCGAAAUACUUAAUUAUAUCUACAGUUCCACAGUCGUUGUCAAGAGACAGGAAACAGUCACUGAUCUUGCAGCUGCAGGAAAAAAGCUGGGAAUAUCAUUCUUGGAAGACCUUACCGAUCGCAACUUCUCAAAUUCCCCGGGUCCCUAUGUAUUCUGUAUUACUGAAAAGGGAGUGGUUAAAGAAGAAAAACAUGAAAAAAGGCAUGAAGAACCAGCCAUCACUAAUGGGCCAAGGAUCACAAAUGCAUUUUCCAUCAUCGAAACAGAAAAUAGUAAUAACAUGUUUUCCCCGCUGGACUUGAGGGCAAGUUUCAAAAAGGUCUCUGACACCAUGAGAACAGCUAGCCUUUGCCUGGAGAGGACGGACGUCUGCCACGAGGCAGAGCCUGUCCGCACACUCGCUGAGCACUCAUACGCUGUUUCUUCCGUAGCUGAGGCUUACAGAAGUCAGCCUGUACGUGAACAUGAUGGCAGUUCACCUGGUAACACAGGGAAAGAAAACUGCGAAGCCCUUGCAGCAAAACCGAAAACAUGUCGGAAGCCAAAGACAUUCUCCAUACCACAGGAUUCUGAUUCAGCCACAGAAAAUAUACCACCCCCUCCAGUAUCCAACUUAGAGGUUAAUCAAGAAAGAAGUCCACAGCCAGCUGCCGUUCUCGCUCGUUCAAAAUCUCCAAACAAUGAAGGAGAUGUCCAUUUUUCCAGGGAAGAUGAAAAUCAAUCUUCUGAUGUUCCCGGGCCGCCAGCAGCAGAGGUUCCACCUCUGGUGUACAACUGUAGCUGCUGUUCCAAAGCCUUUGACAGCAGCACUCUGCUCAGUGCCCACAUGCAGCUUCACAAGCCAACCCAGGAGCCUUUAGUGUGCAAGUAUUGCAACAAACAGUUCACCACCCUGAACAGGUUGGAUCGGCAUGAACAGAUCUGCAUGAGGUCAAGCCACAUGCCCAUUCCUGGAGGAAACCAACGCUUUUUAGAAAACUAUCCUACCAUUGGACAAAAUGGAGGUUCAUUCACGGGUCCAGAACCUUUAUUAUCUGAAAAUAGGAUUGGUGAAUUUUCCAGUACCGGAAGUACUUUGCCAGACACGGACCACAUGGUUAAAUUUGUUAAUGGGCAAAUGCUCUAUAGUUGUGUUGUGUGCAAACGUAGUUAUGUGACCUUAUCUAGCCUCCGAAGACAUGCAAAUGUUCACUCCUGGAGAAGAACAUAUCCUUGCCAUUACUGCAACAAAGUAUUUGCAUUGGCUGAGUACAGGACAAGGCAUGAAAUUUGGCAUACGGGAGAAAGACGAUAUCAGUGCAUUUUCUGUCUUGAAACUUUCAUGACCUACUAUAUACUCAAAAAUCAUCAGAAGUCUUUCCAUGCCAUCGAUCAUAGACUUUCCAUCAGUAAAAAAACAGCAAAUGGAGGCUUGAAGCCUAGUGUCUAUCCAUAUAAACUUUAUAGGCUACUGCCUAUGAAAUGCAAAAGGGCCCCUUAUAAAAGCUACCGAAAUUCUUCCUAUGAAAAUGCACGAGAAAACAGUCAAAUGAAUGAGUCUGCACCUGGUACCUAUGUUGUUCAGAAUCCACACAGCUCUGAAUUACCUACGCUGAAUUUCCAAGAUACUGUAAACACCCUGACCAACAGUCCAGCCAUCCCAUUGGAAACAUCUGCAUGUCAGGACAUACCCACUUCUGCCAAUGUACAAAAUGCAGAGGGCACCAAAUGGGGAGAGGAGGCAUUGAAAAUUGAUCUUGACAACAACUUUUAUUCAGCUGAGGUGUCAGUUUCUUCCACUGAAAAUGCUGUCAGUUCUGACCUCCGGGCAGGGGAUGUACCUGUUUUAUCCUUGAGUAACAACAGUGAGAAUGCCGCCUCUGUGAUCAGCUACAGUGGCUCUGCACCCUCGGUCAUUGUACACAGCAGCCAGUUUUCAUCGGUGAUCAUGCACAGCAAUGCCAUUGCUGCCAUGACCAGCAGCAACCACAGAGCCUUUUCAGACCCAGCUGUCAGUCAGUCCCUGAAAGAUGACAGUAAGCCUGAGCCAGAUAAAGUGGGUAAGUUUGCAAGCAGACCCAAAAGCAUUAAGGAGAAAAAGAAAACUACAUCACAUACCAGGGGAGAAAUACCAGAGGAGUCAAAAUAUGUUGCCGAUCCUGGAGGAUCAUUGAGCAAAACCACAAAUAUUACUGAAGAAACCAGUAAAAUUGAAACCUACAUUGCAAAACCUGCUCUGCCGGGAACCUCCACAAAUAGUAAUGUUGCACCCCUUUGCCAAAUAACAGUGAAAAUUGGAAACGAAGCCAUUGUGAAAAGGCACAUCCUAGGAUCUAAAUUGUUUUAUAAAAGAGGGAGAAGACCUAAGUAUCAGAUGCAGGAGGAGCCUUUGCCACAGGGGAAUGACCCGGAACCCAGUGGAGACAGCCCACUCGGGCUUUGCCAAUCCGAGUGCAUGGAGAUGAGUGAAGUGUUCGAUGACGCAAGUGACCAGGAUUCCACUGACAAACCGUGGCGCCCUUACUACAACUACAAACCCAAAAAGAAAUCCAGACAGUUGAGAAAAAUGAGGAAAGUCAACUGGAGGAAGGAGCACGGAAACAGGAGCCCGAGCCAUAAAUGUAAAUACCCAGCAGAACUGGAUUGCGCCGUGGGGAAGGCUCCUCAGGAUAAACCCUUUGAGGAAGAAGAAACUAAAGAGAUGCCCAAGCUGCAGUGUGAACUCUGUGACGGAGACAAAGCAGCGGGGGCUGGAAACCAAGGAAGGCCCCACCGACAUCUUACUUCUCGGCCAUACACCUGCGAGCUCUGCGCCAAGCAGUUCCAGAGCCCUUCCACACUCAAAAUGCACAUGAGAUGUCACACCGGGGAAAAGCCAUACCAGUGCAAGACCUGCGGACGGUGCUUUUCGGUGCAAGGAAACUUACAGAAACACGAACGCAUCCACCUGGGCUUGAAGGAGUUUGUCUGUCAGUAUUGCAACAAGGCGUUCACCUUGAAUGAGACCCUCAAAAUCCAUGAAAGAAUCCAUACUGGAGAAAAGCGUUACCACUGUCAGUUCUGCUUUCAGAGAUUUUUGUAUCUCUCCACCAAAAGGAAUCAUGAGCAGAGGCAUAUUCGGGAGCAUAAUGGGAAGGGCUAUGCCUGCUUCCAGUGCCCCAAAAUUUGCAAAACAGCUGCUGCCCUUGGAAUGCACCAAAAGAAACACUUAUUCAAAAGCCCAAGUCAGCAGGAGAAAAUAGGUGACAUGUGCCACGAAAACUCAAAUCCCUUGGAGAAUCAACAUUUCAUUGAUUCAGAAGACAAUGACCAAAAGGAUAACAUACAAACCGGUGUGGAAAAUGUUGUCCUUUGAGUGGCAAGAGUUAGAAAAAUCUUCAAAAAUAUAGUUGGUGUUUUUUUUUUUGGUUAUGAUUUAAGUUUAGUUUAAUUUUAUUCACAUAACAGUCAUAAAGGAGUGAAAUUUAAAAACAAAACAAAAAAACACUCAUUUGUGAAAAUUCCAGAAAAAGGAUCCUAAUAUCUACUUUGGGUUUUAGCAUUAACUUUAUGCAAAGUGCACAAAAACAAAAUAGCUGACUCCUCCAGUAUCCCAAGUUUCUUGUGAAAGUUAAUGAAGUUCUUAGCUGUGGUAUUUCUACCAGUGAAAAAAGGAGUUUAAUUUUAGCCUAGUUUGAAACUUUCUAAUAAUUGCUAAUAGGAACUGGCUGCUGAACUGUCUUUAGUCACUGGAGAAAAUGAAGAUGGCAUCUUCGUAAAUAUGUUACGUGGUAAUGAGCUGUGUGACGGUCUUUAUUCCCAUCUGGCUUCUGCACUAUUAAAAUUUGUUUAAAUUAAUGGAUACACAUGAAAUACUUAAACAAUAUAACUGAAAUUAUGUGCAUAAUGAGUAACCUAAAGUAGGACAUUCAUACAUUAUGUAGAACUACUUUUCUGCAACACAAACCUUGUAAAAUACAUAUAUAAAUCACUAUAACUUUUAACUGUCCAUAUCCCCUGUAGAGAAUUAUGAGGAGCAAUAGAUCUGCAAAUAAUGAGGACUGAUGUAAAAAUCAGUAGAAAGCAUUUUGAAUAUGAUUUCAGAGCAUGUGAAUGCUUUUAGAUGGAAUGCUGUUCCCUUGAAGUUAUGGCUCAGCUGUUCUUAGAACUGGUCUACUCAAUUCACAGAAAACAUAGGUCAUGCCUUAUCUAUGGGGGAACACCCUCCCAGAAUUUACCUGUGAUUACCUGUGCUGCAUAUUACUUUGCAAUGGCCUCAUCUCAGAGAAUGAAAGAGGGUCACAUUCUUCUGAAACUCUCUGCAGUCUUCCAACCACCACAAGGCCAUGGAUGUGGGGGGUCUAUUCCAGACAGACUUAAGGGUUCAAGUGGAAGCUGCCAUCUCCCAUUCCACUGAAGGACUGUCCAAGAGAUUUAGUGCAAGGUACACUGCAGUAGUGAAUUCCCAGGCACUUGAAAGUGACUGCCUAAUCCCUAGUAAUUGUAAUUACUAGCCUUCUUGGAGAUUAUGCAGCCCACAAGUACAGACUAGUAUAAAGCAAAAGGGCAAAGGAACCCCCACCCUCCACCCCACCCAUUAAUGACUUGAGUGGGCAAGAAGAAGUGAUGGCCUUCCUUGCCUAAAACAAUAGCUUUGUUUUUAGGGGAUGGAAAGGUAGAAUGUGGAGUGACAUGGUUCUAUCGUUUACUUAUGAGACUCAGAAAUAUAUCUACAAAGCCAGAUGCUCUGUCGUCAUAUUUGCAGACAUCUACACCCCUUGCUAAAAACCCACUGAAGUCUUUUUAAUGUUCUUUUACACUGACCCACACCAUCAACAUUACCCUCAAAUCUAAUUGCCCUACAUCAUAUUCUAUCAUGUGGACCAGGUUCCUGGAAAGCUGGAAUGCAUGAUUCUUUUUUAAACUGCCAGAAUGGGAGGGAGAGAGAAAACAUUUCUACCCUUUGAUCACCGGUGUGAACAGAAUCCGGAAUGCAGUUUCAGCCUGACCUGCAGUCAUUCAUGUUCAUUGGAUUUGACGAAUGGAAACCCAAGGUUAUCGAAGAUUGGAAGGUUAUCAUUGUGAAGAAGUAGCUUAAAGGACUCCGGUUUCUCUCUACAAGUGUGAUGUCUCCAUGAAGAAGACUUAGUAUGGAUUUGGGUGGGUAAGAAAGGAUUUAAACACCCACGAAAGGACAUGAUUAAAGUUGACCUUUUAAUACUGUAGUACCUUGCUGUUAAGUAACCCCACUAUUGUAUCUGCAUUUAUCUUUUGUUCAUCUACUUUCACUUACAUACAGUAUUAUAUAAGUAGAGAAAAAUGGGAAAAUGCAAGCAAAUUCAACUUUAUUUUAUACAUUGUAUAUAUGUAUACCCUACACUAUUCAUUUGGGUUUUGUUAGAUAGUCACAAAGGGCUUAUGAAAAUCAUUUUUGAAUUGAUAAUUAGAACAUUGAAUAAGCAAUCCUGUGAUCCACUAAUUUGUUUUAUCAGUUAAUAAUAUGAAUCAAAGAUAAUUAGUGUGUACUGUAGUCAUUUUGAUUUCAGUUAACCCCAAAUAUAAAAUUACCUGUAGUGAUGUCUCUCUCCCAGCCCUUACAUGUGGAUAUUUUUUAAGUGGGACUUGUAUGCUGAUAAUUCUAGACCAAAGUAAAUAUGGCAGAAUAUUUAUACAUGAAAAAAUAAUUUUGCAAAUAUUUUCUAUAAUUGUAUUCAUUUAAAAUGUUGAUAGCUUGUGUUAGUUUCAGGGAGGGGUGUAUAUUUUGAUAAAAAAAAAUACUUGACUUUGUAAUUCUGUAUAUUCUAUACAAUUUAUAGCAGAGCCGUUUUAAGACAGCCUUGUCACUUUUUUUGUUAAUUGUGAAAAUUUUAUUGAGUGAUGUUUAAGUAUGCAUUGAGUACAUGACCAACUAGAAUUAAAGUAAGUGUAAACAGUGAACAUACUGUAUGCUGUACAAGAUAUAAUGUAACUUGCUGUUUUAGCAUCUGUAUUUUGGUUAGAAGAUAUUAUUAAAUGCAGAUGUUAAGGAUUGGAAAAGUCUAAUUUUAUUUUUAGAAAUAAUGGAUAUAAAUUUGUUUUUGCUUGAUUAAAAUAGCUUAUUCCUAUAUUAAGUCUCUUUUUAAAUGUUUUAAUGUUAUUUCUUUCGUGCAGCUAUUUCAUCUGAGUCACAGCUUUGUUUCCACGUAUUAUUCAUUCGGUAUAUUUCUGUUUCCUUACUUGUUUACAUUCCGUGGUACCUACUUACGUGCUUAGGAGUCAAAUGGAUUAUGACAUUAGGAAAAAAGCAGAAUAAAAGAGAUUGAAGUCU